CAUGGGAGCACCACAAAGGCCCCCCUCACUCUCUUCCUUUCUAUCCUUGGAGUGUGGAAGCAAAUCCUUCCGCGCAUCCAUGGACACCAUCCUCAGCUCACCCUUCCCUGUGUUCCCACCCAACCCAACUCCACGCGCACCCAGAAUCCUAAAGCCCUUCAGGGCCUCCAUCAGACCUCCGCCGCACGGAUUCGACUUCCGGAGAGAGGUCUUGGAGGACUCCAAGGCCUCCAUCGCCUCGUCGCACCCGGAGCUGCUGGACUUGGCGGGCGACGCCACCCUCGUGCUGGUCCGGAAGGGGCAGUUCGGCCCGGUCCCGGCUUGGAGGUCGGAGUUCGUGGAGCCGGAGGAGAUAUGGCUGCUGGGGACCAACCACAUCUCGCGGCGGUCCGCCGACGACGUGGCGCGGGUCGUCAGGGCCGUGAGGCCCGACAACGUCGCGGUCGAGCUCUGUAGGAGCAGAGCUGGGAUCAUGUACACAUCUAGUGAAGGAGAUCCUAGUCAACAAUUACGGUCCAGCAUGUUUUCCCUGAGUGGUACUGGGUUUUUUGGUGCCGUUGGUCGUAGCAUAAACUUGGGUGGUCAGACAGCUCUAGCAUUACGUCUACUCUUGGCAAUUUUCUCUUCAAAAAUCUCCUCAGAUGUCAACCGCCCAUUCGGAGAUGAGUUUCGGGCUGCUCGGAAGGUAUCUGAAGAAAUCGGUGCUCAGAUUGUUCUGGGGGAUCGGCCAAUUGAAAUAACACUUGAGAGAGCAUGGAAUAGUUUGAAAUGGGAUCAGAAAAUAAGCCUAGUGAUCUCUGUCUUUCGUGGAAUAGCAUCACAAUCGGAUGCAUCAGGGAGUAAUCUUCAGGAAUCAAACACUGAGGAUAGCACAUUUGAGUUGUAUGAGCAGCUUAGUUUUUCUUAUCCAGCGCUUCUACAGCCUCUCAUACAUGAACGAGACACGCUUUGCUCAAUCAACUUCGCCCUGUAUGCGAUCACAGUAUCUCGCAUGGUCCCUAAAGCGGAGCAAGGCCGUGAACAACUGCAAGAGGGUGGUGGGAGUGAUCGGGAAGGGCCACAUGAACGGGGUCGUGUAUGCGCUUAUCUCGGACCAGGGGAACUUGCGAUUCCGUGAUCUUGCGGGGAAUAAGGCCGGGGGCAAUAAAACCGGCGGUUGGGUUGAAGAUCUCACGAGGAGCUUGAUUAGGGACACUUUGUUGGGGAUUCUGCUAUGGGCAUUGUAUGAAUGGGUCAAAGGUGCAGUAUAAAGCUAGAUCAAAGGAUUAGAUAAUCGACCACUUUGAAUUGAAGACAAUAGGUCAAUAUGUUGGGAACUUUUCACUUUUCUUUUUUAUUGUUUUGCCAGUUUUGUACUUUCCAAUUAUUUGUGCUUGUAUAUCUGGCUUAAAAAGGAAAGGAGCUAUAGUUGUUGGAUCGAUGUGAAUCUCGUGUAGCCAUAUUUCCUUCUCUCAAUGAAAACUCAAGGAAUAGUUAUACAAA